UACAGUUGCUGCUAUGGCGUGUGCAGGGUCGGGAAGGUUUCGUGCUAAUGUGGAGAAACUAAUAAACAGCAUCCAGCAAGUCCGAAGAAAAUCGUCGGCACAUUCGAGAUUUCGAGACCUGUUCAGCCUGCAGAGUUCUGGUUACUGCUCCGAAAGUGGAAAGGGCGCGCCUGCCUUCGCGGAGACAAAGAGGUGUAGCGGCGACGUAGCGGCACUGGCGGCGAGGGCGUCGACAGCGCAGACGUCUCCUGCGUGCACAGCCCCCGCGCGCUUCGCGUGCUCGUCGGCGCCGUGCGCACCCUCCGCCACGCACCAGUGCCAGCAGCAGCAGCAGCAGCAGCAGCAGCAGCAGUCCCCUCGCCGCUACCUGAGCAGCAUGCGCACGCAGCACCCCGGACCGCUACCGCAGGUCGAGGCCGACCCCUACCGCCUGCUCGAGCACGACCUCAAAGACAUCUACGAAGACAUCCGCGAGGAGCUGGGCCGCAACACGAAUGAGCCGGAACUGAACACGAUAGCCUGCUACUACUUCGACGGGCAGGGCAAGGCGCUGCGGCCCAUGGUUGCCAUCCUCAUGGCGCGCGCCGUCAACUACCACAUCUACAAGGAGAAGAGCCUGCUUGCGUCGCAGCGGCAAGUGGCUAUGAUCUGCGAGAUGAUCCACUCGGCGUCGCUCAUCCACGAUGACGUCAUCGACCAGUCAGACUUCCGAAGGGGGAAGCCGAGCGUCAACGUGCUGUGGAACCACAAGAAGGUGGCAAUGGCGGGCGACUUCAUCCUGGCCGUGGCGUCCAUGAUGAUCGCGCGUCUCAGGGAUGAUGACGUCACCCUGACGUUGAGCGAGGUGGUGACUGACCUGGUGCAGGGUGAGUUCAUGCAGCUGGGCUCCAAGGAGACAGAAAACGAACGCUUCGCACACUACCUCACCAAGACCUAUCGCAAGACAGCCAGCCUCAUCGCCAACUCGGUCAAAGCGAUGGCGAUGCUGGCGGGUGCGAGCCAAGAAGUGGCCGAGCUGGCCUUCCAGUAUGGACGCAACCUCGGUCUGGCGUUCCAACUGGUGGAUGACCUUCUAGACUUCGUGUCCUCGACGGAAGCGAUGGGAAAGCCGACUGCUGCAGAUCUGCGCCUGGGGCUCGCUACUGCUCCAGUUCUCUUUGCAUGUGAAAAGUACCCGGAGCUGAAUCCGAUGAUAAUGCGGAGAUUCCAAGAGGCAGGUGACGUGGAACGUGCCUUCGAACUGGUGCACCGGUCGCGGGGCCUCGAGCAGACGCAGAUGCUGGCGCGCAAGCACUGCGCAGAGGCGGAGCGUCUGGCGGCCCGCCUGAGCGAGUCACCCUACCAGAAGGCACUCGGCGUCGUCACCAGCCUCGUCAUAAACCGCAUGAAGUAGCACUGGCUACCGCCGCAGGUGGCCAAUAUGUCAUAGUACUCCACUGUAGAAUGUAGAGCACAAAUGCAGGAGCUGUAUGCAUUUGCAACACACUCCCGGCCCUGCAUACGGCAGGGAGGUCGGAGCCAUUUCUGCGGUACGCCUCCUCUGAUAAACCUGCAAGCACAAAACUGCAGCAAAGCUGAAACAGUAGUCUUAGUAACGUGUUGUUCAGCUGCCCGAUUUCCUGUGGCAUUCUUGAUGGAUUCACCAUCAAAUAUCUUUCGGGACACUUCAUGAAGCCAUUCUGGAUAUAAGGAAAAUGAUGCCAUGCCCUCUAUUGAUAAUUUAAGUAUAAUUUGUGGCUGGAACCACAGCAAUGUUUGUUAUCUUGGAUGAUCCAAAUAGAGGAUUUUUGAAUGGUUACUAAAUACAAUCUCAUAAUAGUCCACUAUUUAUCUUUCAGAAGUGGCUUCAUUUUCCUUUUAUCUUUUCCAUUUCAUUGAACACUGCCAAUGUGUACCACAAUAACUUAUAUUGUGGUUUGUCCUUCACUGUGAAAAAUGUGUGUUCACUUGCCAAUGUACACUGCUAGCACAUUGUAACCUGCAGUCCAUGAAAUAUUUCCAUAUGUAGUGUCAGAAGGUAAUUUUUAUUUUUAUUUUUAUUUUUGGAAAAAAAAUGUGCAUUCUGAGGAAGUGUCUGCUUUUAUGCAAAACAUGAAGCUACACAUAUCUUGUUAUGUAUGGAGUAUACAUUUUUAUAAUUGCAGUUUAAUGAUAUUUGAUUGGUGUAAUAAAGUUUCCUGGGUAAUGUGUAAAGGCCUAUACACAAGAUUCUGUGUUUGUUGUUUUAAAGAAUAAUGCAUGUGUGCUAUACAUGAUGAAAAUAAGGGUGAAAAUCUAAUACACUUAUUGCCUUAAAGCUACCUGAGAUAUUAAUGAACAGUUAUUUUCAUAUUAUAAGGGGACACACAGUCUGAAUAGUUGGCAGAUUAUAAAAUAGAAAAAAAAAGAGUUUUUAUACUUUAGAUAAUUUGCCACAUUUACCUGGAACAGAAAAUUUGUUCAUAAGUAUGUAUAGACUGCCCUGUAUGUAUAGAUUGCCUUAUAGUGGAAAAUGAAUUAUUAAGUUUCUCUGUCAGUGUCAUGCCAGAAUAUCGGACCGGCAGCAACUGAGAGUUUGUUCUCAUUGAAUCCUUAGGACAUACUCAUUCUAAACUCUACAAUUAAAAAUGAAGGCUCAAGAUGAUUUUAAAUUUCUCAGAAAAUUGAUAUGUAAAAUGAACAACCUUCUCUUUCAUCUGCCUACUUCUCUUCUCCUCUUUCCCACAUACAUUUAUGUCCAGAGAAACCAGCCUUAUUCUAUCCCAGUGCUAUGAAGAGUGUGCUGUAAAGCACUGUCACAGGGAAAUAAUGCUUCUGUCACCAGGGGCCAAAUAAAAACAAAAACUUAAAAUUUAGUUUCAUCCAGCUGCUGUUACAGGAAUCAUGUCAGCUGGUGCAUGGUUACAGUUAAAGUUACCUGGAUCAUAACUAAGAACAAAAUGUUCUUCAGAUAUGAGCUGUGGCCAGUCAUGUUCAAGUUUGUAUUGUUGCUAAUAUGAUAAAAGUAUAUUUUUGUGCAUCAUUUUAACUGGAUUUAAAGGCAAUGUAUUUGUUGGCAGCAUAUUGUAAAAGUAAUGCUCACACCAGUUUUGUGUACCUUGUUAUUAUAAUUCAUAAUUGUUAUAUACCCAUAUUUUUCAGCAUUUCAAAAAUACUUUAAUUAUUCUUCAAAUAUUGUAUUGUUAAAUUUUGUUAACUCAUAUUUUAUACAUAAAUCUAAUUUCUUAUAUGAAGGAAAGUUAUCAACAUGUUUAUAAUAUAAAAGUAUACCAUUUACUAAUUUUGAAAAAAAAUGAAUUGUUGCUCACUUAGAAGUUUGCCACCUUUUUUUUGUUUCUUUUUUGUAUCUGUGGCUUUGUUUCAUGACAAAGUGUGUAUGCACUAGGAAGACACAAUCAACAUUUAAUUCCAAUGGACACCUAUUAGGUACCCACAUCUUAUAUAUGUGGUAGUAACAAGAAGCAGCUUUUGGUUGGAUACAAAUUUUAAACUUUGCUGUUACAGUCGUGUGUUAGUGUUAUUUAUAUAAAUAUAUAUAUGUAUAUAUGUAUCCAACCAAAAGUGCUUUCCUGCAAUCACAGAAUGUUUUCUCAAAUCAGUUGCUUCUUGGAACUCAGUAGAAGAUUAAUCUGUAUUUCACAGAUUCUGUAAAUAUUAUUUUGUAACAGAGUAUGUACAUAUAUGUAUUGAACUAAAACACAAGCUCUGCGCAAGUGCGAAUAUUUAUCUGUGGUUAAAGGGACAGGAUUUGGACAUGUAGACUACAUAUGUAUAUUGGGAUCAUCAUUAUCAGUGUAUCUCUCUUUUUUAUAAUAAAAUGUUAUAGAAACAAU